AUGAACAGUGCUCAUGACCGGAACCCAAGAUACGCCCUAAUAUUGCAUCCUUCCCCACUAUUCUGGCCUGCGACACGUGGGGCGCGAAUUCGGUGCAUGCGCGCUAUUUGCCGCGACUCUUCUUCACCUCGUAGACGAUUUGUGAUGGAAUCGCGGCGGGAUGCAAGCGGCCUUCCAACGGGCAUCAGCGUGAUUCUCGGACUUGAGAAUCCGCGGAACGGCCCGCCGCCUCUGCGGUGCUACGCGCGGCGGUUCUCGCCUCGCCUGGCGCAGCGGAAUGGCGCGGACCUUCCGCCCGUUCCCGCGCAGAGGCGGAAUGCGAGGGGGGUUGCGCCGGUUCCGCCCGUCCCGCACAGUCCGCCCGUUCCGCGUGUCCCCGCGCGGGGGAAUGGCACGGAGGGUGUGGUUGAAGGCGCGCAGGCGGAAACGAUUCCGCGGGCUGGGGGAGCAGCGGGGGAAGAUGGGCAGGGGGGAGGGGGAAAAGGGAUGGAUGCGGCGGAAACAGGGGGAUGCCGCGGGGGAGGCGGCAGGAGGGGGUUAUGGGGUAGUGGGAGGGAGGGAGGAGUGCUAGUUGGAGGUGCGGGUGGGGCAGAGGGAGGAGUUUUGGCGGAUGAUGGUGGUGGGAGGGAGGGAGGAGUUUUGGCGGAUGAUGGUGGUGGGAGGGAGGGAGGAGUUUUGGCGGAUGGUGGUGGUGGGAUGGGGGGUGGUCGCCUGGGAAAUGGCGAAGAGGCGCGGGAGGGGGGAGAGGUGGGGGGAGAUGGGGAUGGGGGGGAUGAGGGAAAUGUGGAGUGGGUAGGAGAGGACGAGGAGGGUGUUUGGGACGUGACAGUGGGGGAGAACAGAGAAUGUGAUAGUAAAGUGCGUGAUAUUAAUGAGUUACUCUUCGGCAAGAUUAUGGAAUCACAUGGCCACCCACUCGAAGAAGUUUGUCUGUCCGCAUUCCAACUGCCAGAAGGCUUUCGCAUUCAAGUACAAGUUGAAGGACCAUCUUCUAGUCCACAACCCCAAUGCCCCUCAGUUGAAGUAUCAUCUUCUCGUUCACAACCCCAGCAUCUUCCCCAAUGCCUUCCAGGUGAGCUGCCCUCGUUCUCUCCCCCUCCCUUUUUUCCUCUUUCCUCUUCCUCCUUCCCUCUUCCCCCAUUUCGCUUCUGUCGUCCCCCUCCCUUAUUUUCGACUCCCCGUUUUCUAUCUUCCUCCUAUUUCGUUCCUCCUCUUCCUCUCCUCUCGCUCCCUCCUAAUCCUUGUCCACUUCCCUCCUCCGCAAUCCCUCCUCUUCCCCUUCCCCCAAAAUUGCGGCUUAAGCAAUGCAAAGCCAAGUUCAAGAAACACAUGGCCACCCACUCUAAGCAGUUCGUGUGUCCCCAUGAAAAUUGCUCAAAGGCGUUCGCACUCAACUGCUGGUUAAUGAGGCACCUUCUAGUGCACAACCCUAAUACUCCUCGGCACCUGUGCUCUCAUCCCCACUGCUCUCGGACCUUCAAGCGCCGAGACCACAUGUUGCAUCAUGCAAGGAAGCAGCAUUGCAGAGAGGAGGGGAGUGGGGGAAAGCUGCAGAGGGAAAAGAAGCAGCAAUGUCAGGAGGAGAGGAGUGGGGAGAAGCAGCAGCGUGAAAAGAAGCAGCAUGGGGGGAAGGGGGGGAGUGGGGAGAAGCAGCAGCGUGCAAGGAAGCAGCGUUGUCAGGAGGGGGGGAAUGGGGACAUGGUACAGGAUGCAGGGACGCAGCAUGGCCGGGAGGGGGGGAGUGGGGGCGAGAUAAUUUGUGUGUCUGGCGGGGAGGGGGGGAGUGGGGGCGGGGUAAAGAGCGCGGAUGGGGGAGUGGUGGGGAGGCUUGGAGGCGAGAAGAGGACUGCUUUUGUCAGUGGGGAAGAGGGAAGCAGCGGGGAGGAGAGGGACGAAAAGGCUCCAAGGCAUGGAGGCGAAAAGAUAAGGAGUGCUGUGAGGGGGGAAGAGGCAAGGAACGGGGAGGAGAGAAUUGAAGAGGGAAGGCGAGAGGAGGAGAAGGAUACAGAGGAGGAAGCACCCCUGCCGCUUCCUCUCACGGAGGGUCUCAUGGAAAGGGCAGUGAGGCAGGUGCAAGGGGAGGGCAGCGCGCUCGUAGGAGGGAAUGGGGACGAGGAGGGGGAGCUCCUUCCCCUCCCUCUCAGGGGGGAGGGGCUUCAAGGGGAGGAGUCAGAGGCGCAGCUUCAAGGGGAGGAGUCAGAGGCGCAGCUUCAAGGGGAGGAGUCAGAGGCGCAGCUUCAAGGGGAGGAGUCAGAGGCGCAGCUUCAAGGGGAGGAGUCAGAGGCGCAGCUUCAAGGGGAGGAGUCAGAGGCGCAGCUUCAAGGGGAGGAGUCAGAGGCGCAGCUUCAAGGGGAGGAGUCAGAGGCGCAGCUUCAAGGGGAGGAGUCAGAGGCGCAGCUUCAAGGGGAGGAGUCAGAGGCGCAGCUUCAAGGGGAGGAGUCAGAGGCGCAGCUUCAAGGGGAGGAGUCAGAGGCGCAGCUUCAAGGGGAGGAGUCAGAGGCGCAGCUUCAAGGGGAGGAGUCAGAGGCGCAGCUUCAAGGGGAGGAGUCAGAGGCGCAGCUUCAAGGGGAGGAGUCAGAGGCGCAGCUUCAAGGGGAGGAGUCAGAGGCGCAGCUUCAAGGGGAGGAGUCAGAGGCGCAGCUUCAAGGGGAGGAGUCAGAGGCGCAGCUUCAAGGGGAGGAGUCAGAGGCGCAGCUUCAAGGGGAGGAGUCAGAGGCGCAGCUUCAAGGGGAGGAGUCAGAGGCGCAGCUUCAAGGGGAGGAGUCAGAGGCGCAGCUUCAAGGGGAGGAGUCAGAGGCGCAGCUUCAAGGGGAGGAGUCAGAGGCGCAGCUUCAAGGGGAGGAGUCAGAGGCGCAGCUUCAAGGGGAGGAGUCAGAGGCGCAGCUUCAAGGGGAGGAGUCAGAGGCGCAGCUUCAAGGGGAGGAGUCAGAGGCGCAGCUUCAAGGGGAGGAGUCAGAGGCGCAGCUUCAAGGGGAGGAGUCAGAGGCGCAGCUUCAAGGGGAGGAGUCAGAGGCGCAGCUUCAAGGGGAGGAGUCAGAGGCGCAGCUUCAAGGGGAGGAGUCAGAGGCGCAGCUUCAAGGGGAGGAGUCAGAGGCGCAGCUUCAAGGGGAGGAGUCAGAGGCGCAGCUUCAAGGGGAGGAGUCAGAGGCGCAGCUUCAAGGGGAGGAGUCAGAGGCGCAGCUUCAAGGGGAGGAGUCAGAGGCGCAGCUUCAAGGGGAGGAGUCAGAGGCGCAGCUUCAAGGGGAGGAGUCAGAGGCGCAGCUUCAAGGGGAGGAGUCAGAGGCGCAGCUUCAAGGGGAGGAGUCAGAGGCGCAGCUUCAAGGGGAGGAGUCAGAGGCGCAGCUUCAAGGGGAGGAGUCAGAGGCGCAGCUUCAAGGGGAGGAGUCAGAGGCGCAGCUUCAAGGGGAGGAGUCAGAGGCGCAGCUUCAAGGGGAGGAGUCAGAGGCGCAGCUUCAAGGGGAGGAGUCAGAGGCGCAGCUUCAAGGGGAGGAGUCAGAGGCGCAGCUUCAAGGGGAGGAGUCAGAGGCGCAGCUUCAAGGGGAGGAGUCAGAGGCGCAGCUUCAAGGGGAGGAGUCAGAGGCGCAGCUUCAAGGGGAGGAGUCAGAGGCGCAGCUUCAAGGGGAGGAGUCAGAGGCGCAGCUUCAAGGGGAGGAGUCAGAGGCGCAGCUUCAAGGGGAGGAGUCAGAGGCGCAGCUUCAAGGGGAGGAGUCAGAGGCGCAGCUUCAAGGGGAGGAGUCAGAGGCGCAGCUUCAAGGGGAGGAGUCAGAGGCGCAGCUUCAAGGGGAGGAGUCAGAGGCGCAGCUUCAAGGGGAGGAGUCAGAGGCGCAGCUUCAAGGGGAGGAGUCAGAGGCGCAGCUUCAAGGGGAGGAGUCAGAGGCGCAGCUUCAAGGGGAGGAGUCAGAGGCGCAGCUUCAAGGGGAGGAGUCAGAGGCGCAGCUUCAAGGGGAGGAGUCAGAGGCGCAGCUUCAAGGGGAGGAGUCAGAGGCGCAGCUUCAAGGGGAGGAGUCAGAGGCGCAGCUUCAAGGGGAGGAGUCAGAGGCGCAGCUUCAAGGGGAGGAGUCAGAGGCGCAGCUUCAAGGGGAGGAGUCAGAGGCGCAGCUUCAAGGGGAGGAGUCAGAGGCGCAGCUUCAAGGGGAGGAGUCAGAGGCGCAGCUUCAAGGGGAGGAGUCAGAGGCGCAGCUUCAAGGGGAGGAGUCAGAGGCGCAGCUUCAAGGGGAGGAGUCAGAGGCGCAGCUUCAAGGGGAGGAGUCAGAGGCGCAGCUUCAAGGGGAGGAGUCAGAGGCGCAGCUUCAAGGGGAGGAGUCAGAGGCGCAGCUUCAAGGGGAGGAGUCAGAGGCGCAGCUUCAAGGGGAGGAGUCAGAGGCGCAGCUUCAAGGGGAGGAGUCAGAGGCGCAGCUUCAAGGGGAGGAGUCAGAGGCGCAGCUUCAAGGGGAGGAGUCAGAGGCGCAGCUUCAAGGGGAGGAGUCAGAGGCGCAGCUUCAAGGGGAGGAGUCAGAGGCGCAGCUUCAAGGGGAGGAGUCAGAGGCGCAGCUUCAAGGGGAGGAGUCAGAGGCGCAGCUUCAAGGGGAGGAGUCAGAGGCGCAGCUUCAAGGGGAGGAGUCAGAGGCGCAGCUUCAAGGGGAGGAGUCAGAGGCGCAGCUUCAAGGGGAGGAGUCAGAGGCGCAGCUUCAAGGGGAGGAGUCAGAGGCGCAGCUUCAAGGGGAGGAGUCAGAGGCGCAGCUUCAAGGGGAGGAGUCAGAGGCGCAGCUUCAAGGGGAGGAGUCAGAGGCGCAGCUUCAAGGGGAGGAGUCAGAGGCGCAGCUUCAAGGGGAGGAGUCAGAGGCGCAGCUUCAAGGGGAGGAGUCAGAGGCGCAGCUUCAAGGGGAGGAGUCAGAGGCGCAGCUUCAAGGGGAGGAGUCAGAGGCGCAGCUUCAAGGGGAGGAGUCAGAGGCGCAGCUUCAAGGGGAGGAGUCAGAGGCGCAGCUUCAAGGGGAGGAGUCAGAGGCGCAGCUUCAAGGGGAGGAGUCAGAGGCGCAGCUUCAAGGGGAGGAGUCAGAGGCGCAGCUUCAAGGGGAGGAGUCAGAGGCGCAGCUUCAAGGGGAGGAGUCAGAGGCGCAGCUUCAAGGGGAGGAGUCAGAGGCGCAGCUUCAAGGGGAGGAGUCAGAGGCGCAGCUUCAAGGGGAGGAGUCAGAGGCGCAGCUUCAAGGGGAGGAGUCAGAGGCGCAGCUUCAAGGGGAGGAGUCAGAGGCGCAGCUUCAAGGGGAGGAGUCAGAGGCGCAGCUUCAAGGGGAGGAGUCAGAGGCGCAGCUUCAAGGGGAGGAGUCAGAGGCGCAGCUUCAAGGGGAGGAGUCAGAGGCGCAGCUUCAAGGGGAGGAGUCAGAGGCGCAGCUUCAAGGGGAGGAGUCAGAGGCGCAGCUUCAAGGGGAGGAGUCAGAGGCGCAGCUUCAAGGGGAGGAGUCAGAGGCGCAGCUUCAAGGGGAGGAGUCAGAGGCGCAGCUUCAAGGGGAGGAGUCAGAGGCGCAGCUUCAAGGGGAGGAGUCAGAGGCGCAGCUUCAAGGGGAGGAGUCAGAGGCGCAGCUUCAAGGGGAGGAGUCAGAGGCGCAGCUUCAAGGGGAGGAGUCAGAGGCGCAGCUUCAAGGGGAGGAGUCAGAGGCGCAGCUUCAAGGGGAGGAGUCAGAGGCGCAGCUUCAAGGGGAGGAGUCAGAGGCGCAGCUUCAAGGGGAGGAGUCAGAGGCGCAGCUUCAAGGGGAGGAGUCAGAGGCGCAGCUUCAAGGGGAGGAGUCAGAGGCGCAGCUUCAAGGGGAGGAGUCAGAGGCGCAGCUUCAAGGGGAGGAGUCAGAGGCGCAGCUUCAAGGGGAGGAGUCAGAGGCGCAGCUUCAAGGGGAGGAGUCAGAGGCGCAGCUUCAAGGGGAGGAGUCAGAGGCGCAGCUUCAAGGGGAGGAGUCAGAGGCGCAGCUUCAAGGGGAGGAGUCAGAGGCGCAGCUUCAAGGGGAGGAGUCAGAGGCGCAGCUUCAAGGGGAGGAGUCAGAGGCGCAGCUUCAAGGGGAGGAGUCAGAGGCGCAGCUUCAAGGGGAGGAGUCAGAGGCGCAGCUUCAAGGGGAGGAGUCAGAGGCGCAGCUUCAAGGGGAGGAGUCAGAGGCGCAGCUUCAAGGGGAGGAGUCAGAGGCGCAGCUUCAAGGGGAGGAGUCAGAGGCGCAGCUUCAAGGGGAGGAGUCAGAGGCGCAGCUUCAAGGGGAGGAGUCAGAGGCGCAGCUUCAAGGGGAGGAGUCAGAGGCGCAGCUUCAAGGGGAGGAGUCAGAGGCGCAGCUUCAAGGGGAGGAGUCAGAGGCGCAGCUUCAAGGGGAGGAGUCAGAGGCGCAGCUUCAAGGGGAGGAGUCAGAGGCGCAGCUUCAAGGGGAGGAGUCAGAGGCGCAGCUUCAAGGGGAGGAGUCAGAGGCGCAGCUUCAAGGGGAGGAGUCAGAGGCGCAGCUUCAAGGGGAGGAGUCAGAGGCGCAGCUUCAAGGGGAGGAGUCAGAGGCGCAGCUUCAAGGGGAGGAGUCAGAGGCGCAGCUUCAAGGGGAGGAGUCAGAGGCGCAGCUUCAAGGGGAGGAGUCAGAGGCGCAGCUUCAAGGGGAGGAGUCAGAGGCGCAGCUUCAAGGGGAGGAGUCAGAGGCGCAGCUUCAAGGGGAGGAGUCAGAGGCGCAGCUUCAAGGGGAGGAGUCAGAGGCGCAGCUUCAAGGGGAGGAGUCAGAGGCGCAGCUUCAAGGGGAGGAGUCAGAGGCGCAGCUUCAAGGGGAGGAGUCAGAGGCGCAGCUUCAAGGGGAGGAGUCAGAGGCGCAGCUUCAAGGGGAGGAGUCAGAGGCGCAGCUUCAAGGGGAGGAGUCAGAGGCGCAGCUUCAAGGGGAGGAGUCAGAGGCGCAGCUUCAAGGGGAGGAGUCAGAGGCGCAGCUUCAAGGGGAGGAGUCAGAGGCGCAGCUUCAAGGGGAGGAGUCAGAGGCGCAGCUUCAAGGGGAGGAGUCAGAGGCGCAGCUUCAAGGGGAGGAGUCAGAGGCGCAGCUUCAAGGGGAGGAGUCAGAGGCGCAGCUUCAAGGGGAGGAGUCAGAGGCGCAGCUUCAAGGGGAGGAGUCAGAGGCGCAGCUUCAAGGGGAGGAGUCAGAGGCGCAGCUUCAAGGGGAGGAGUCAGAGGCGCAGCUUCAAGGGGAGGAGUCAGAGGCGCAGCUUCAAGGGGAGGAGUCAGAGGCGCAGCUUCAAGGGGAGGAGUCAGAGGCGCAGCUUCAAGGGGAGGAGUCAGAGGCGCAGCUUCAAGGGGAGGAGUCAGAGGCGCAGCUUCAAGGGGAGGAGUCAGAGGCGCAGCUUCAAGGGGAGGAGUCAGAGGCGCAGCUUCAAGGGGAGGAGUCAGAGGCGCAGCUUCAAGGGGAGGAGUCAGAGGCGCAGCUUCAAGGGGAGGAGUCAGAGGCGCAGCUUCAAGGGGAGGAGUCAGAGGCGCAGCUUCAAGGGGAGGAGUCAGAGGCGCAGCUUCAAGGGGAGGAGUCAGAGGCGCAGCUUCAAGGGGAGGAGUCAGAGGCGCAGCUUCAAGGGGAGGAGUCAGAGGCGCAGCUUCAAGGGGAGGAGUCAGAGGCGCAGCUUCAAGGGGAGGAGUCAGAGGCGCAGCUUCAAGGGGAGGAGUCAGAGGCGCAGCUUCAAGGGGAGGAGUCAGAGGCGCAGCUUCAAGGGGAGGAGUCAGAGGCGCAGCUUCAAGGGGAGGAGUCAGAGGCGCAGCUUCAAGGGGAGGAGUCAGAGGCGCAGCUUCAAGGGGAGGAGUCAGAGGCGCAGCUUCAAGGGGAGGAGUCAGAGGCGCAGCUUCAAGGGGAGGAGUCAGAGGCGCAGCUUCAAGGGGAGGAGUCAGAGGCGCAGCUUCAAGGGGAGGAGUCAGAGGCGCAGCUUCAAGGGGAGGAGUCAGAGGCGCAGCUUCAAGGGGAGGAGUCAGAGGCGCAGCUUCAAGGGGAGGAGUCAGAGGCGCAGCUUCAAGGGGAGGAGUCAGAGGCGCAGCUUCAAGGGGAGGAGUCAGAGGCGCAGCUUCAAGGGGAGGAGUCAGAGGCGCAGCUUCAAGGGGAGGAGUCAGAGGCGCAGCUUCAAGGGGAGGAGUCAGAGGCGCAGCUUCAAGGGGAGGAGUCAGAGGCGCAGCUUCAAGGGGAGGAGUCAGAGGCGCAGCUUCAAGGGGAGGAGUCAGAGGCGCAGCUUCAAGGGGAGGAGUCAGAGGCGCAGCUUCAAGGGGAGGAGUCAGAGGCGCAGCUUCAAGGGGAGGAGUCAGAGGCGCAGCUUCAAGGGGAGGAGUCAGAGGCGCAGCUUCAAGGGGAGGAGUCAGAGGCGCAGCUUCAAGGGGAGGAGUCAGAGGCGCAGCUUCAAGGGGAGGAGUCAGAGGCGCAGCUUCAAGGGGAGGAGUCAGAGGCGCAGCUUCAAGGGGAGGAGUCAGAGGCGCAGCUUCAAGGGGAGGAGUCAGAGGCGCAGCUUCAAGGGGAGGAGUCAGAGGCGCAGCUUCAAGGGGAGGAGUCAGAGGCGCAGCUUCAAGGGGAGGAGUCAGAGGCGCAGCUUCAAGGGGAGGAGUCAGAGGCGCAGCUUCAAGGGGAGGAGUCAGAGGCGCAGCUUCAAGGGGAGGAGUCAGAGGCGCAGCUUCAAGGGGAGGAGUCAGAGGCGCAGCUUCAAGGGGAGGAGUCAGAGGCGCAGCUUCAAGGGGAGGAGUCAGAGGCGCAGCUUCAAGGGGAGGAGUCAGAGGCGCAGCUUCAAGGGGAGGAGUCAGAGGCGCAGCUUCAAGGGGAGGAGUCAGAGGCGCAGCUUCAAGGGGAGGAGUCAGAGGCGCAGCUUCAAGGGGAGGAGUCAGAGGCGCAGCUUCAAGGGGAGGAGUCAGAGGCGCAGCUUCAAGGGGAGGAGUCAGAGGCGCAGCUUCAAGGGGAGGAGUCAGAGGCGCAGCUUCAAGGGGAGGAGUCAGAGGCGCAGCUUCAAGGGGAGGAGUCAGAGGCGCAGCUUCAAGGGGAGGAGUCAGAGGCGCAGCUUCAAGGGGAGGAGUCAGAGGCGCAGCUUCAAGGGGAGGAGUCAGAGGCGCAGCUUCAAGGGGAGGAGUCAGAGGCGCAGCUUCAAGGGGAGGAGUCAGAGGCGCAGCUUCAAGGGGAGGAGUCAGAGGCGCAGCUUCAAGGGGAGGAGUCAGAGGCGCAGCUUCAAGGGGAGGAGUCAGAGGCGCAGCUUCAAGGGGAGGAGUCAGAGGCGCAGCUUCAAGGGGAGGAGUCAGAGGCGCAGCUUCAAGGGGAGGAGUCAGAGGCGCAGCUUCAAGGGGAGGAGUCAGAGGCGCAGCUUCAAGGGGAGGAGUCAGAGGCGCAGCUUCAAGGGGAGGAGUCAGAGGCGCAGCUUCAAGGGGAGGAGUCAGAGGCGCAGCUUCAAGGGGAGGAGUCAGAGGCGCAGCUUCAAGGGGAGGAGUCAGAGGCGCAGCUUCAAGGGGAGGAGUCAGAGGCGCAGCUUCAAGGGGAGGAGUCAGAGGCGCAGCUUCAAGGGGAGGAGUCAGAGGCGCAGCUUCAAGGGGAGGAGUCAGAGGCGCAGCUUCAAGGGGAGGAGUCAGAGGCGCAGCUUCAAGGGGAGGAGUCAGAGGCGCAGCUUCAAGGGGAGGAGUCAGAGGCGCAGCUUCAAGGGGAGGAGUCAGAGGCGCAGCUUCAAGGGGAGGAGUCAGAGGCGCAGCUUCAAGGGGAGGAGUCAGAGGCGCAGCUUCAAGGGGAGGAGUCAGAGGCGCAGCUUCAAGGGGAGGAGUCAGAGGCGCAGCUUCAAGGGGAGGAGUCAGAGGCGCAGCUUCAAGGGGAGGAGUCAGAGGCGCAGCUUCAAGGGGAGGAGUCAGAGGCGCAGCUUCAAGGGGAGGAGUCAGAGGCGCAGCUUCAAGGGGAGGAGUCAGAGGCGCAGCUUCAAGGGGAGGAGUCAGAGGCGCAGCUUCAAGGGGAGGAGUCAGAGGCGCAGCUUCAAGGGGAGGAGUCAGAGGCGCAGCUUCAAGGGGAGGAGUCAGAGGCGCAGCUUCAAGGGGAGGAGUCAGAGGCGCAGCUUCAAGGGGAGGAGUCAGAGGCGCAGCUUCAAGGGGAGGAGUCAGAGGCGCAGCUUCAAGGGGAGGAGUCAGAGGCGCAGCUUCAAGGGGAGGAGUCAGAGGCGCAGCUUCAAGGGGAGGAGUCAGAGGCGCAGCUUCAAGGGGAGGAGUCAGAGGCGCAGCUUCAAGGGGAGGAGUCAGAGGCGCAGCUUCAAGGGGAGGAGUCAGAGGCGCAGCUUCAAGGGGAGGAGUCAGAGGCGCAGCUUCAAGGGGAGGAGUCAGAGGCGCAGCUUCAAGGGGAGGAGUCAGAGGCGCAGCUUCAAGGGGAGGAGUCAGAGGCGCAGCUUCAAGGGGAGGAGUCAGAGGCGCAGCUUCAAGGGGAGGAGUCAGAGGCGCAGCUUCAAGGGGAGGAGUCAGAGGCGCAGCUUCAAGGGGAGGAGUCAGAGGCGCAGCUUCAAGGGGAGGAGUCAGAGGCGCAGCUUCAAGGGGAGGAGUCAGAGGCGCAGCUUCAAGGGGAGGAGUCAGAGGCGCAGCUUCAAGGGGAGGAGUCAGAGGCGCAGCUUCAAGGGGAGGAGUCAGAGGCGCAGCUUCAAGGGGAGGAGUCAGAGGCGCAGCUUCAAGGGGAGGAGUCAGAGGCGCAGCUUCAAGGGGAGGAGUCAGAGGCGCAGCUUCAAGGGGAGGAGUCAGAGGCGCAGCUUCAAGGGGAGGAGUCAGAGGCGCAGCUUCAAGGGGAGGAGUCAGAGGCGCAGCUUCAAGGGGAGGAGUCAGAGGCGCAGCUUCAAGGGGAGGAGUCAGAGGCGCAGCUUCAAGGGGAGGAGUCAGAGGCGCAGCUUCAAGGGGAGGAGUCAGAGGCGCAGCUUCAAGGGGAGGAGUCAGAGGCGCAGCUUCAAGGGGAGGAGUCAGAGGCGCAGCUUCAAGGGGAGGAGUCAGAGGCGCAGCUUCAAGGGGAGGAGUCAGAGGCGCAGCUUCAAGGGGAGGAGUCAGAGGCGCAGCUUCAAGGGGAGGAGUCAGAGGCGCAGCUUCAAGGGGAGGAGUCAGAGGCGCAGCUUCAAGGGGAGGAGUCAGAGGCGCAGCUUCAAGGGGAGGAGUCAGAGGCGCAGCUUCAAGGGGAGGAGUCAGAGGCGCAGCUUCAAGGGGAGGAGUCAGAGGCGCAGCUUCAAGGGGAGGAGUCAGAGGCGCAGCUUCAAGGGGAGGAGUCAGAGGCGCAGCUUCAAGGGGAGGAGUCAGAGGCGCAGCUUCAAGGGGAGGAGUCAGAGGCGCAGCUUCAAGGGGAGGAGUCAGAGGCGCAGCUUCAAGGGGAGGAGUCAGAGGCGCAGCUUCAAGGGGAGGAGUCAGAGGCGCAGCUUCAAGGGGAGGAGUCAGAGGCGCAGCUUCAAGGGGAGGAGUCAGAGGCGCAGCUUCAAGGGGAGGAGUCAGAGGCGCAGCUUCAAGGGGAGGAGUCAGAGGCGCAGCUUCAAGGGGAGGAGUCAGAGGCGCAGCUUCAAGGGGAGGAGUCAGAGGCGCAGCUUCAAGGGGAGGAGUCAGAGGCGCAGCUUCAAGGGGAGGAGUCAGAGGCGCAGCUUCAAGGGGAGGAGUCAGAGGCGCAGCUUCAAGGGGAGGAGUCAGAGGCGCAGCUUCAAGGGGAGGAGUCAGAGGCGCAGCUUCAAGGGGAGGAGUCAGAGGCGCAGCUUCAAGGGGAGGAGUCAGAGGCGCAGCUUCAAGGGGAGGAGUCAGAGGCGCAGCUUCAAGGGGAGGAGUCAGAGGCGCAGCUUCAAGGGGAGGAGUCAGAGGCGCAGCUUCAAGGGGAGGAGUCAGAGGCGCAGCUUCAAGGGGAGGAGUCAGAGGCGCAGCUUCAAGGGGAGGAGUCAGAGGCGCAGCUUCAAGGGGAGGAGUCAGAGGCGCAGCUUCAAGGGGAGGAGUCAGAGGCGCAGCUUCAAGGGGAGGAGUCAGAGGCGCAGCUUCAAGGGGAGGAGUCAGAGGCGCAGCUUCAAGGGGAGGAGUCAGAGGCGCAGCUUCAAGGGGAGGAGUCAGAGGCGCAGCUUCAAGGGGAGGAGUCAGAGGCGCAGCUUCAAGGGGAGGAGUCAGAGGCGCAGCUUCAAGGGGAGGAGUCAGAGGCGCAGCUUCAAGGGGAGGAGUCAGAGGCGCAGCUUCAAGGGGAGGAGUCAGAGGCGCAGCUUCAAGGGGAGGAGUCAGAGGCGCAGCUUCAAGGGGAGGAGUCAGAGGCGCAGCUUCAAGGGGAGGAGUCAGAGGCGCAGCUUCAAGGGGAGGAGUCAGAGGCGCAGCUUCAAGGGGAGGAGUCAGAGGCGCAGCUUCAAGGGGAGGAGUCAGAGGCGCAGCUUCAAGGGGAGGAGUCAGAGGCGCAGCUUCAAGGGGAGGAGUCAGAGGCGCAGCUUCAAGGGGAGGAGUCAGAGGCGCAGCUUCAAGGGGAGGAGUCAGAGGCGCAGCUUCAAGGGGAGGAGUCAGAGGCGCAGCUUCAAGGGGAGGAGUCAGAGGCGCAGCUUCAAGGGGAGGAGUCAGAGGCGCAGCUUCAAGGGGAGGAGUCAGAGGCGCAGCUUCAAGGGGAGGAGUCAGAGGCGCAGCUUCAAGGGGAGGAGUCAGAGGCGCAGCUUCAAGGGGAGGAGUCAGAGGCGCAGCUUCAAGGGGAGGAGUCAGAGGCGCAGCUUCAAGGGGAGGAGUCAGAGGCGCAGCUUCAAGGGGAGGAGUCAGAGGCGCAGCUUCAAGGGGAGGAGUCAGAGGCGCAGCUUCAAGGGGAGGAGUCAGAGGCGCAGCUUCAAGGGGAGGAGUCAGAGGCGCAGCUUCAAGGGGAGGAGUCAGAGGCGCAGCUUCAAGGGGAGGAGUCAGAGGCGCAGCUUCAAGGGGAGGAGUCAGAGGCGCAGCUUCAAGGGGAGGAGUCAGAGGCGCAGCUUCAAGGGGAGGAGUCAGAGGCGCAGCUUCAAGGGGAGGAGUCAGAGGCGCAGCUUCAAGGGGAGGAGUCAGAGGCGCAGCUUCAAGGGGAGGAGUCAGAGGCGCAGCUUCAAGGGGAGGAGUCAGAGGCGCAGCUUCAAGGGGAGGAGUCAGAGGCGCAGCUUCAAGGGGAGGAGUCAGAGGCGCAGCUUCAAGGGGAGGAGUCAGAGGCGCAGCUUCAAGGGGAGGAGUCAGAGGCGCAGCUUCAAGGGGAGGAGUCAGAGGCGCAGCUUCAAGGGGAGGAGUCAGAGGCGCAGCUUCAAGGGGAGGAGUCAGAGGCGCAGCUUCAAGGGGAGGAGUCAGAGGCGCAGCUUCAAGGGGAGGAGUCAGAGGCGCAGCUUCAAGGGGAGGAGUCAGAGGCGCAGCUUCAAGGGGAGGAGUCAGAGGCGCAGCUUCAAGGGGAGGAGUCAGAGGCGCAGCUUCAAGGGGAGGAGUCAGAGGCGCAGCUUCAAGGGGAGGAGUCAGAGGCGCAGCUUCAAGGGGAGGAGUCAGAGGCGCAGCUUCAAGGGGAGGAGUCAGAGGCGCAGCUUCAAGGGGAGGAGUCAGAGGCGCAGCUUCAAGGGGAGGAGUCAGAGGCGCAGCUUCAAGGGGAGGAGUCAGAGGCGCAGCUUCAAGGGGAGGAGUCAGAGGCGCAGCUUCAAGGGGAGGAGUCAGAGGCGCAGCUUCAAGGGGAGGAGUCAGAGGCGCAGCUUCAAGGGGAGGAGUCAGAGGCGCAGCUUCAAGGGGAGGAGUCAGAGGCGCAGCUUCAAGGGGAGGAGUCAGAGGCGCAGCUUCAAGGGGAGGAGUCAGAGGCGCAGCUUCAAGGGGAGGAGUCAGAGGCGCAGCUUCAAGGGGAGGAGUCAGAGGCGCAGCUUCAAGGGGAGGAGUCAGAGGCGCAGCUUCAAGGGGAGGAGUCAGAGGCGCAGCUUCAAGGGGAGGAGUCAGAGGCGCAGCUUCAAGGGGAGGAGUCAGAGGCGCAGCUUCAAGGGGAGGAGUCAGAGGCGCAGCUUCAAGGGGAGGAGUCAGAGGCGCAGCUUCAAGGGGAGGAGUCAGAGGCGCAGCUUCAAGGGGAGGAGUCAGAGGCGCAGCUUCAAGGGGAGGAGUCAGAGGCGCAGCUUCAAGGGGAGGAGUCAGAGGCGCAGCUUCAAGGGGAGGAGUCAGAGGCGCAGCUUCAAGGGGAGGAGUCAGAGGCGCAGCUUCAAGGGGAGGAGUCAGAGGCGCAGCUUCAAGGGGAGGAGUCAGAGGCGCAGCUUCAAGGGGAGGAGUCAGAGGCGCAGCUUCAAGGGGAGGAGUCAGAGGCGCAGCUUCAAGGGGAGGAGUCAGAGGCGCAGCUUCAAGGGGAGGAGUCAGAGGCGCAGCUUCAAGGGGAGGAGUCAGAGGCGCAGCUUCAAGGGGAGGAGUCAGAGGCGCAGCUUCAAGGGGAGGAGUCAGAGGCGCAGCUUCAAGGGGAGGAGUCAGAGGCGCAGCUUCAAGGGGAGGAGUCAGAGGCGCAGCUUCAAGGGGAGGAGUCAGAGGCGCAGCUUCAAGGGGAGGAGUCAGAGGCGCAGCUUCAAGGGGAGGAGUCAGAGGCGCAGCUUCAAGGGGAGGAGUCAGAGGCGCAGCUUCAAGGGGAGGAGUCAGAGGCGCAGCUUCAAGGGGAGGAGUCAGAGGCGCAGCUUCAAGGGGAGGAGUCAGAGGCGCAGCUUCAAGGGGAGGAGUCAGAGGCGCAGCUUCAAGGGGAGGAGUCAGAGGCGCAGCUUCAAGGGGAGGAGUCAGAGGCGCAGCUUCAAGGGGAGGAGUCAGAGGCGCAGCUUCAAGGGGAGGAGUCAGAGGCGCAGCUUCAAGGGGAGGAGUCAGAGGCGCAGCUUCAAGGGGAGGAGUCAGAGGCGCAGCUUCAAGGGGAGGAGUCAGAGGCGCAGCUUCAAGGGGAGGAGUCAGAGGCGCAGCUUCAAGGGGAGGAGUCAGAGGCGCAGCUUCAAGGGGAGGAGUCAGAGGCGCAGCUUCAAGGGGAGGAGUCAGAGGCGCAGCUUCAAGGGGAGGAGUCAGAGGCGCAGCUUCAAGGGGAGGAGUCAGAGGCGCAGCUUCAAGGGGAGGAGUCAGAGGCGCAGCUUCAAGGGGAGGAGUCAGAGGCGCAGCUUCAAGGGGAGGAGUCAGAGGCGCAGCUUCAAGGGGAGGAGUCAGAGGCGCAGCUUCAAGGGGAGGAGUCAGAGGCGCAGCUUCAAGGGGAGGAGUCAGAGGCGCAGCUUCAAGGGGAGGAGUCAGAGGCGCAGCUUCAAGGGGAGGAGUCAGAGGCGCAGCUUCAAGGGGAGGAGUCAGAGGCGCAGCUUCAAGGGGAGGAGUCAGAGGCGCAGCUUCAAGGGGAGGAGUCAGAGGCGCAGCUUCAAGGGGAGGAGUCAGAGGCGCAGCUUCAAGGGGAGGAGUCAGAGGCGCAGCUUCAAGGGGAGGAGUCAGAGGCGCAGCUUCAAGGGGAGGAGUCAGAGGCGCAGCUUCAAGGGGAGGAGUCAGAGGCGCAGCUUCAAGGGGAGGAGUCAGAGGCGCAGCUUCAAGGGGAGGAGUCAGAGGCGCAGCUUCAAGGGGAGGAGUCAGAGGCGCAGCUUCAAGGGGAGGAGUCAGAGGCGCAGCUUCAAGGGGAGGAGUCAGAGGCGCAGCUUCAAGGGGAGGAGUCAGAGGCGCAGCUUCAAGGGGAGGAGUCAGAGGCGCAGCUUCAAGGGGAGGAGUCAGAGGCGCAGCUUCAAGGGGAGGAGUCAGAGGCGCAGCUUCAAGGGGAGGAGUCAGAGGCGCAGCUUCAAGGGGAGGAGUCAGAGGCGCAGCUUCAAGGGGAGGAGUCAGAGGCGCAGCUUCAAGGGGAGGAGUCAGAGGCGCAGCUUCAAGGGGAGGAGUCAGAGGCGCAGCUUCAAGGGGAGGAGUCAGAGGCGCAGCUUCAAGGGGAGGAGUCAGAGGCGCAGCUUCAAGGGGAGGAGUCAGAGGCGCAGCUUCAAGGGGAGGAGUCAGAGGCGCAGCUUCAAGGGGAGGAGUCAGAGGCGCAGCUUCAAGGGGAGGAGUCAGAGGCGCAGCUUCAAGGGGAGGAGUCAGAGGCGCAGCUUCAAGGGGAGGAGUCAGAGGCGCAGCUUCAAGGGGAGGAGUCAGAGGCGCAGCUUCAAGGGGAGGAGUCAGAGGCGCAGCUUCAAGGGGAGGAGUCAGAGGCGCAGCUUCAAGGGGAGGAGUCAGAGGCGCAGCUUCAAGGGGAGGAGUCAGAGGCGCAGCUUCAAGGGGAGGAGUCAGAGGCGCAGCUUCAAGGGGAGGAGUCAGAGGCGCAGCUUCAAGGGGAGGAGUCAGAGGCGCAGCUUCAAGGGGAGGAGUCAGAGGCGCAGCUUCAAGGGGAGGAGUCAGAGGCGCAGCUUCAAGGGGAGGAGUCAGAGGCGCAGCUUCAAGGGGAGGAGUCAGAGGCGCAGCUUCAAGGGGAGGAGUCAGAGGCGCAGCUUCAAGGGGAGGAGUCAGAGGCGCAGCUUCAAGGGGAGGAGUCAGAGGCGCAGCUUCAAGGGGAGGACUUCAAGGGGAGGAGUCAGAGGCGCAGCUUCAAGGGGAGGAAGGCGCAGCUUCAAGGGGAGGAGUCAGAGGCGCAGCUUCAAGGGGAGGAGUCAGAGGCGCAGCUUCAAGGGGAGGAGUCAGAGGCGCAGCUUCAAGGGGAGGAGUCAGAGGCGCAGCUUCAAGGGGAGGAGUCAGAGGCGCAGCUUCAAGGGGAGGAGUCAGAGGCGCAGCUUCAAGGGGAGGAGUCAGAGGCGCAGCUUCAAGGGGAGGAGUCAGAGGCGCAGCUUCAAGGGGAGGAGUCAGAGGCGCAGCUUCAAGGGGAGGAGUCAGAGGCGCAGCUUCAAGGGGAGGAGUCAGAGGCGCAGCUUCAAGGGGAGGAGUCAGAGGCGCAGCUUCAAGGGGAGGAGUCAGAGGCGCAGCUUCAAGGGGAGGAGUCAGAGGCGCAGCUUCAAGGGGAGGAGUCAGAGGCGCAGCUUCAAGGGGAGGAGUCAGAGGCGCAGCUUCAAGGGGAGGAGUCAGAGGCGCAGCUUCAAGGGGAGGAGUCAGAGGCGCAGCUUCAAGGGGAGGAGUCAGAGGCGCAGCUUCAAGGGGAGGAGUCAGAGGCGCAGCUUCAAGGGGAGGAGUCAGAGGCGCAGCUUCAAGGGGAGGAGUCAGAGGCGCAGCUUCAAGGGGAGGAGUCAGAGGCGCAGCUUCAAGGGGAGGAGUCAGAGGCGCAGCUUCAAGGGGAGGAGUCAGAGGCGCAGCUUCAAGGGGAGGAGUCAGAGGCGCAGCUUCAAGGGGAGGAGUCAGAGGCGCAGCUUCAAGGGGAGGAGUCAGAGGCGCAGCUUCAAGGGGAGGAGUCAGAGGCGCAGCUUCAAGGGGAGGAGUCAGAGGCGCAGCUUCAAGGGGAGGAGUCAGAGGCGCAGCUUCAAGGGGAGGAGUCAGAGGCGCAGCUUCAAGGGGAGGAGUCAGAGGCGCAGCUUCAAGGGGAGGAGUCAGAGGCGCAGCUUCAAGGGGAGGAGUCAGAGGCGCAGCUUCAAGGGGAGGAGUCAGAGGCGCAGCUUCAAGGGGAGGAGUCAGAGGCGCAGCUUCAAGGGGAGGAGUCAGAGGCGCAGCUUCAAGGGGAGGAGUCAGAGGCGCAGCUUCAAGGGGAGGAGUCAGAGGCGCAGCUUCAAGGGGAGGAGUCAGAGGCGCAGCUUCAAGGGGAGGAGUCAGAGGCGCAGCUUCAAGGGGAGGAGUCAGAGGCGCAGCUUCAAGGGGAGGAGUCAGAGGCGCAGCUUCAAGGGGAGGAGUCAGAGGCGCAGCUUCAAGGGGAGGAGUCAGAGGCGCAGCUUCAAGGGGAGGAGUCAGAGGCGCAGCUUCAAGGGGAGGAGUCAGAGGCGCAGCUUCAAGGGGAGGAGUCAGAGGCGCAGCUUCAAGGGGAGGAGUCAGAGGCGCAGCUUCAAGGGGAGGAGUCAGAGGCGCAGCUUCAAGGGGAGGAGUCAGAGGCGCAGCUUCAAGGGGAGGAGUCAGAGGCGCAGCUUCAAGGGGAGGAGUCAGAGGCGCAGCUUCAAGGGGAGGAGUCAGAGGCGCAGCUUCAAGGGGAGGAGUCAGAGGCGCAGCUUCAAGGGGAGGAGUCAGAGGCGCAGCUUCAAGGGGAGGAGUCAGAGGCGCAGCUUCAAGGGGAGGAGUCAGAGGCGCAGCUUCAAGGGGAGGAGUCAGAGGCGCAGCUUCAAGGGGAGGAGUCAGAGGCGCAGCUUCAAGGGGAGGAGUCAGAGGCGCAGCUUCAAGGGGAGGAGUCAGAGGCGCAGCUUCAAGGGGAGGAGUCAGAGGCGCAGCUUCAAGGGGAGGAGUCAGAGGCGCAGCUUCAAGGGGAGGAGUCAGAGGCGCAGCUUCAAGGGGAGGAGUCAGAGGCGCAGCUUCAAGGGGAGGAGUCAGAGGCGCAGCUUCAAGGGGAGGAGUCAGAGGCGCAGCUUCAAGGGGAGGAGUCAGAGGCGCAGCUUCAAGGGGAGGAGUCAGAGGCGCAGCUUCAAGGGGAGGAGUCAGAGGCGCAGCUUCAAGGGGAGGAGUCAGAGGCGCAGCUUCAAGGGGAGGAGUCAGAGGCGCAGCUUCAAGGGGAGGAGUCAGAGGCGCAGCUUCAAGGGGAGGAGUCAGAGGCGCAGCUUCAAGGGGAGGAGUCAGAGGCGCAGCUUCAAGGGGAGGAGUCAGAGGCGCAGCUUCAAGGGGAGGAGUCAGAGGCGCAGCUUCAAGGGGAGGAGUCAGAGGCGCAGCUUCAAGGGGAGGAGUCAGAGGCGCAGCUUCAAGGGGAGGAGUCAGAGGCGCAGCUUCAAGGGGAGGAGUCAGAGGCGCAGCUUCAAGGGGAGGAGUCAGAGGCGCAGCUUCAAGGGGAGGAGUCAGAGGCGCAGCUUCAAGGGGAGGAGUCAGAGGCGCAGCUUCAAGGGGAGGAGUCAGAGGCGCAGCUUCAAGGGGAGGAGUCAGAGGCGCAGCUUCAAGGGGAGGAGUCAGAGGCGCAGCUUCAAGGGGAGGAGUCAGAGGCGCAGCUUCAAGGGGAGGAGUCAGAGGCGCAGCUUCAAGGGGAGGAGUCAGAGGCGCAGCUUCAAGGGGAGGAGUCAGAGGCGCAGCUUCAAGGGGAGGAGUCAGAGGCGCAGCUUCAAGGGGAGGAGUCAGAGGCGCAGCUUCAAGGGGAGGAGUCAGAGGCGCAGCUUCAAGGGGAGGAGUCAGAGGCGCAGCUUCAAGGGGAGGAGUCAGAGGCGCAGCUUCAAGGGGAGGAGUCAGAGGCGCAGCUUCAAGGGGAGGAGUCAGAGGCGCAGCUUCAAGGGGAGGAGUCAGAGGCGCAGCUUCAAGGGGAGGAGUCAGAGGCGCAGCUUCAAGGGGAGGAGUCAGAGGCGCAGCUUCAAGGGGAGGAGUCAGAGGCGCAGCUUCAAGGGGAGGAGUCAGAGGCGCAGCUUCAAGGGGAGGAGUCAGAGGCGCAGCUUCAAGGGGAGGAGUCAGAGGCGCAGCUUCAAGGGGAGGAGUCAGAGGCGCAGCUUCAAGGGGAGGAGUCAGAGGCGCAGCUUCAAGGGGAGGAGUCAGAGGCGCAGCUUCAAGGGGAGGAGUCAGAGGCGCAGCUUCAAGGGGAGGAGUCAGAGGCGCAGCUUCAAGGGGAGGAGUCAGAGGCGCAGCUUCAAGGGGAGGAGUCAGAGGCGCAGCUUCAAGGGGAGGAGUCAGAGGCGCAGCUUCAAGGGGAGGAGUCAGAGGCGCAGCUUCAAGGGGAGGAGUCAGAGGCGCAGCUUCAAGGGGAGGAGUCAGAGGCGCAGCUUCAAGGGGAGGAGUCAGAGGCGCAGCUUCAAGGGGAGGAGUCAGAGGCGCAGCUUCAAGGGGAGGAGUCAGAGGCGCAGCUUCAAGGGGAGGAGUCAGAGGCGCAGCUUCAAGGGGAGGAGUCAGAGGCGCAGCUUCAAGGGGAGGAGUCAGAGGCGCAGCUUCAAGGGGAGGAGUCAGAGGCGCAGCUUCAAGGGGAGGAGUCAGAGGCGCAGCUUCAAGGGGAGGAGUCAGAGGCGCAGCUUCAAGGGGAGGAGUCAGAGGCGCAGCUUCAAGGGGAGGAGUCAGAGGCGCAGCUUCAAGGGGAGGAGUCAGAGGCGCAGCUUCAAGGGGAGGAGUCAGAGGCGCAGCUUCAAGGGGAGGAGUCAGAGGCGCAGCUUCAAGGGGAGGAGUCAGAGGCGCAGCUUCAAGGGGAGGAGUCAGAGGCGCAGCUUCAAGGGGAGGAGUCAGAGGCGCAGCUUCAAGGGGAGGAGUCAGAGGCGCAGCUUCAAGGGGAGGAGUCAGAGGCGCAGCUUCAAGGGGAGGAGUCAGAGGCGCAGCUUCAAGGGGAGGAGUCAGAGGCGCAGCUUCAAGGGGAGGAGUCAGAGGCGCAGCUUCAAGGGGAGGAGUCAGAGGCGCAGCUUCAAGGGGAGGAGUCAGAGGCGCAGCUUCAAGGGGAGGAGUCAGAGGCGCAGCUUCAAGGGGAGGAGUCAGAGGCGCAGCUUCAAGGGGAGGAGUCAGAGGCGCAGCUUCAAGGGGAGGAGUCAGAGGCGCAGCUUCAAGGGGAGGAGUCAGAGGCGCAGCUUCAAGGGGAGGAGUCAGAGGCGCAGCUUCAAGGGGAGGAGUCAGAGGCGCAGCUUCAAGGGGAGGAGUCAGAGGCGCAGCUUCAAGGGGAGGAGUCAGAGGCGCAGCUUCAAGGGGAGGAGUCAGAGGCGCAGCUUCAAGGGGAGGAGUCAGAGGCGCAGCUUCAAGGGGAGGAGUCAGAGGCGCAGCUUCAAGGGGAGGAGUCAGAGGCGCAGCUUCAAGGGGAGGAGUCAGAGGCGCAGCUUCAAGGGGAGGAGUCAGAGGCGCAGCUUCAAGGGGAGGAGUCAGAGGCGCAGCUUCAAGGGGAGGAGUCAGAGGCGCAGCUUCAAGGGGAGGAGUCAGAGGCGCAGCUUCAAGGGGAGGAGUCAGAGGCGCAGCUUCAAGGGGAGGAGUCAGAGGCGCAGCUUCAAGGGGAGGAGUCAGAGGCGCAGCUUCAAGGGGAGGAGUCAGAGGCGCAGCUUCAAGGGGAGGAGUCAGAGGCGCAGCUUCAAGGGGAGGAGUCAGAGGCGCAGCUUCAAGGGGAGGAGUCAGAGGCGCAGCUUCAAGGGGAGGAGUCAGAGGCGCAGCUUCAAGGGGAGGAGUCAGAGGCGCAGCUUCAAGGGGAGGAGUCAGAGGCGCAGCUUCAAGGGGAGGAGUCAGAGGCGCAGCUUCAAGGGGAGGAGUCAGAGGCGCAGCUUCAAGGGGAGGAGUCAGAGGCGCAGCUUCAAGGGGAGGAGUCAGAGGCGCAGCUUCAAGGGGAGGAGUCAGAGGCGCAGCUUCAAGGGGAGGAGUCAGAGGCGCAGCUUCAAGGGGAGGAGUCAGAGGCGCAGCUUCAAGGGGAGGAGUCAGAGGCGCAGCUUCAAGGGGAGGAGUCAGAGGCGCAGCUUCAAGGGGAGGAGUCAGAGGCGCAGCUUCAAGGGGAGGAGUCAGAGGCGCAGCUUCAAGGGGAGGAGUCAGAGGCGCAGCUUCAAGGGGAGGAGUCAGAGGCGCAGCUUCAAGGGGAGGAGUCAGAGGCGCAGCUUCAAGGGGAGGAGUCAGAGGCGCAGCUUCAAGGGGAGGAGUCAGAGGCGCAGCUUCAAGGGGAGGAGUCAGAGGCGCAGCUUCAAGGGGAGGAGUCAGAGGCGCAGCUUCAAGGGGAGGAGUCAGAGGCGCAGCUUCAAGGGGAGGAGUCAGAGGCGCAGCUUCAAGGGGAGGAGUCAGAGGCGCAGCUUCAAGGGGAGGAGUCAGAGGCGCAGCUUCAAGGGGAGGAGUCAGAGGCGCAGCUUCAAGGGGAGGAGUCAGAGGCGCAGCUUCAAGGGGAGGAGUCAGAGGCGCAGCUUCAAGGGGAGGAGUCAGAGGCGCAGCUUCAAGGGGAGGAGUCAGAGGCGCAGCUUCAAGGGGAGGAGUCAGAGGCGCAGCUUCAAGGGGAGGAGUCAGAGGCGCAGCUUCAAGGGGAGGAGUCAGAGGCGCAGCUUCAAGGGGAGGAGUCAGAGGCGCAGCUUCAAGGGGAGGAGUCAGAGGCGCAGCUUCAAGGGGAGGAGUCAGAGGCGCAGCUUCAAGGGGAGGAGUCAGAGGCGCAGCUUCAAGGGGAGGAGUCAGAGGCGCAGCUUCAAGGGGAGGAGUCAGAGGCGCAGCUUCAAGGGGAGGAGUCAGAGGCGCAGCUUCAAGGGGAGGAGUCAGAGGCGCAGCUUCAAGGGGAGGAGUCAGAGGCGCAGCUUCAAGGGGAGGAGUCAGAGGCGCAGCUUCAAGGGGAGGAGUCAGAGGCGCAGCUUCAAGGGGAGGAGUCAGAGGCGCAGCUUCAAGGGGAGGAGUCAGAGGCGCAGCUUCAAGGGGAGGAGUCAGAGGCGCAGCUUCAAGGGGAGGAGUCAGAGGCGCAGCUUCAAGGGGAGGAGUCAGAGGCGCAGCUUCAAGGGGAGGAGUCAGAGGCGCAGCUUCAAGGGGAGGAGUCAGAGGCGCAGCUUCAAGGGGAGGAGUCAGAGGCGCAGCUUCAAGGGGAGGAGUCAGAGGCGCAGCUUCAAGGGGAGGAGUCAGAGGCGCAGCUUCAAGGGGAGGAGUCAGAGGCGCAGCUUCAAGGGGAGGAGUCAGAGGCGCAGCUUCAAGGGGAGGAGUCAGAGGCGCAGCUUCAAGGGGAGGAGUCAGAGGCGCAGCUUCAAGGGGAGGAGUCAGAGGCGCAGCUUCAAGGGGAGGAGUCAGAGGCGCAGCUUCAAGGGGAGGAGUCAGAGGCGCAGCUUCAAGGGGAGGAGUCAGAGGCGCAGCUUCAAGGGGAGGAGUCAGAGGCGCAGCUUCAAGGGGAGGAGUCAGAGGCGCAGCUUCAAGGGGAGGAGUCAGAGGCGCAGCUUCAAGGGGAGGAGUCAGAGGCGCAGCUUCAAGGGGAGGAGUCAGAGGCGCAGCUUCAAGGGGAGGAGUCAGAGGCGCAGCUUCAAGGGGAGGAGUCAGAGGCGCAGCUUCAAGGGGAGGAGUCAGAGGCGCAGCUUCAAGGGGAGGAGUCAGAGGCGCAGCUUCAAGGGGAGGAGUCAGAGGCGCAGCUUCAAGGGGAGGAGUCAGAGGCGCAGCUUCAAGGGGAGGAGUCAGAGGCGCAGCUUCAAGGGGAGGAGUCAGAGGCGCAGCUUCAAGGGGAGGAGUCAGAGGCGCAGCUUCAAGGGGAGGAGUCAGAGGCGCAGCUUCAAGGGGAGGAGUCAGAGGCGCAGCUUCAAGGGGAGGAGUCAGAGGCGCAGCUUCAAGGGGAGGAGUCAGAGGCGCAGCUUCAAGGGGAGGAGUCAGAGGCGCAGCUUCAAGGGGAGGAGUCAGAGGCGCAGCUUCAAGGGGAGGAGUCAGAGGCGCAGCUUCAAGGGGAGGAGUCAGAGGCGCAGCUUCAAGGGGAGGAGUCAGAGGCGCAGCUUCAAGGGGAGGAGUCAGAGGCGCAGCUUCAAGGGGAGGAGUCAGAGGCGCAGCUUCAAGGGGAGGAGUCAGAGGCGCAGCUUCAAGGGGAGGAGUCAGAGGCGCAGCUUCAAGGGGAGGAGUCAGAGGCGCAGCUUCAAGGGGAGGAGUCAGAGGCGCAGCUUCAAGGGGAGGAGUCAGAGGCGCAGCUUCAAGGGGAGGAGUCAGAGGCGCAGCUUCAAGGGGAGGAGUCAGAGGCGCAGCUUCAAGGGGAGGAGUCAGAGGCGCAGCUUCAAGGGGAGGAGUCAGAGGCGCAGCUUCAAGGGGAGGAGUCAGAGGCGCAGCUUCAAGGGGAGGAGUCAGAGGCGCAGCUUCAAGGGGAGGAGUCAGAGGCGCAGCUUCAAGGGGAGGAGUCAGAGGCGCAGCUUCAAGGGGAGGAGUCAGAGGCGCAGCUUCAAGGGGAGGAGUCAGAGGCGCAGCUUCAAGGGGAGGAGUCAGAGGCGCAGCUUCAAGGGGAGGAGUCAGAGGCGCAGCUUCAAGGGGAGGAGUCAGAGGCGCAGCUUCAAGGGGAGGAGUCAGAGGCGCAGCUUCAAGGGGAGGAGUCAGAGGCGCAGCUUCAAGGGGAGGAGUCAGAGGCGCAGCUUCAAGGGGAGGAGUCAGAGGCGCAGCUUCAAGGGGAGGAGUCAGAGGCGCAGCUUCAAGGGGAGGAGUCAGAGGCGCAGCUUCAAGGGGAGGAGUCAGAGGCGCAGCUUCAAGGGGAGGAGUCAGAGGCGCAGCUUCAAGGGGAGGAGUCAGAGGCGCAGCUUCAAGGGGAGGAGUCAGAGGCGCAGCUUCAAGGGGAGGAGUCAGAGGCGCAGCUUCAAGGGGAGGAGUCAGAGGCGCAGCUUCAAGGGGAGGAGUCAGAGGCGCAGCUUCAAGGGGAGGAGUCAGAGGCGCAGCUUCAAGGGGAGGAGUCAGAGGCGCAGCUUCAAGGGGAGGAGUCAGAGGCGCAGCUUCAAGGGGAGGAGUCAGAGGCGCAGCUUCAAGGGGAGGAGUCAGAGGCGCAGCUUCAAGGGGAGGAGUCAGAGGCGCAGCUUCAAGGGGAGGAGUCAGAGGCGCAGCUUCAAGGGGAGGAGUCAGAGGCGCAGCUUCAAGGGGAGGAGUCAGAGGCGCAGCUUCAAGGGGAGGAGUCAGAGGCGCAGCUUCAAGGGGAGGAGUCAGAGGCGCAGCUUCAAGGGGAGGAGUCAGAGGCGCAGCUUCAAGGGGAGGAGUCAGAGGCGCAGCUUCAAGGGGAGGAGUCAGAGGCGCAGCUUCAAGGGGAGGAGUCAGAGGCGCAGCUUCAAGGGGAGGAGUCAGAGGCGCAGCUUCAAGGGGAGGAGUCAGAGGCGCAGCUUCAAGGGGAGGAGUCAGAGGCGCAGCUUCAAGGGGAGGAGUCAGAGGCGCAGCUUCAAGGGGAGGAGUCAGAGGCGCAGCUUCAAGGGGAGGAGUCAGAGGCGCAGCUUCAAGGGGAGGAGUCAGAGGCGCAGCUUCAAGGGGAGGAGUCAGAGGCGCAGCUUCAAGGGGAGGAGUCAGAGGCGCAGCUUCAAGGGGAGGAGUCAGAGGCGCAGCUUCAAGGGGAGGAGUCAGAGGCGCAGCUUCAAGGGGAGGAGUCAGAGGCGCAGCUUCAAGGGGAGGAGUCAGAGGCGCAGCUUCAAGGGGAGGAGUCAGAGGCGCAGCUUCAAGGGGAGGAGUCAGAGGCGCAGCUUCAAGGGGAGGAGUCAGAGGCGCAGCUUCAAGGGGAGGAGUCAGAGGCGCAGCUUCAAGGGGAGGAGUCAGAGGCGCAGCUUCAAGGGGAGGAGUCAGAGGCGCAGCUUCAAGGGGAGGAGUCAGAGGCGCAGCUUCAAGGGGAGGAGUCAGAGGCGCAGCUUCAAGGGGAGGAGUCAGAGGCGCAGCUUCAAGGGGAGGAGUCAGAGGCGCAGCUUCAAGGGGAGGAGUCAGAGGCGCAGCUUCAAGGGGAGGAGUCAGAGGCGCAGCUUCAAGGGGAGGAGUCAGAGGCGCAGCUUCAAGGGGAGGAGUCAGAGGCGCAGCUUCAAGGGGAGGAGUCAGAGGCGCAGCUUCAAGGGGAGGAGUCAGAGGCGCAGCUUCAAGGGGAGGAGUCAGAGGCGCAGCUUCAAGGGGAGGAGUCAGAGGCGCAGCUUCAAGGGGAGGAGUCAGAGGCGCAGCUUCAAGGGGAGGAGUCAGAGGCGCAGCUUCAAGGGGAGGAGUCAGAGGCGCAGCUUCAAGGGGAGGAGUCAGAGGCGCAGCUUCAAGGGGAGGAGUCAGAGGCGCAGCUUCAAGGGGAGGAGUCAGAGGCGCAGCUUCAAGGGGAGGAGUCAGAGGCGCAGCUUCAAGGGGAGGAGUCAGAGGCGCAGCUUCAAGGGGAGGAGUCAGAGGCGCAGCUUCAAGGGGAGGAGUCAGAGGCGCAGCUUCAAGGGGAGGAGUCAGAGGCGCAGCUUCAAGGGGAGGAGUCAGAGGCGCAGCUUCAAGGGGAGGAGUCAGAGGCGCAGCUUCAAGGGGAGGAGUCAGAGGCGCAGCUUCAAGGGGAGGAGUCAGAGGCGCAGCUUCAAGGGGAGGAGUCAGAGGCGCAGCUUCAAGGGGAGGAGUCAGAGGCGCAGCUUCAAGGGGAGGAGUCAGAGGCGCAGCUUCAAGGGGAGGAGUCAGAGGCGCAGCUUCAAGGGGAGGAGUCAGAGGCGCAGCUUCAAGGGGAGGAGUCAGAGGCGCAGCUUCAAGGGGAGGAGUCAGAGGCGCAGCUUCAAGGGGAGGAGUCAGAGGCGCAGCUUCAAGGGGAGGAGUCAGAGGCGCAGCUUCAAGGGGAGGAGUCAGAGGCGCAGCUUCAAGGGGAGGAGUCAGAGGCGCAGCUUCAAGGGGAGGAGUCAGAGGCGCAGCUUCAAGGGGAGGAGUCAGAGGCGCAGCUUCAAGGGGAGGAGUCAGAGGCGCAGCUUCAAGGGGAGGAGUCAGAGGCGCAGCUUCAAGGGGAGGAGUCAGAGGCGCAGCUUCAAGGGGAGGAGUCAGAGGCGCAGCUUCAAGGGGAGGAGUCAGAGGCGCAGCUUCAAGGGGAGGAGUCAGAGGCGCAGCUUCAAGGGGAGGAGUCAGAGGCGCAGCUUCAAGGGGAGGAGUCAGAGGCGCAGCUUCAAGGGGAGGAGUCAGAGGCGCAGCUUCAAGGGGAGGAGUCAGAGGCGCAGCUUCAAGGGGAGGAGUCAGAGGCGCAGCUUCAAGGGGAGGAGUCAGAGGCGCAGCUUCAAGGGGAGGAGUCAGAGGCGCAGCUUCAAGGGGAGGAGUCAGAGGCGCAGCUUCAAGGGGAGGAGUCAGAGGCGCAGCUUCAAGGGGAGGAGUCAGAGGCGCAGCUUCAAGGGGAGGAGUCAGAGGCGCAGCUUCAAGGGGAGGAGUCAGAGGCGCAGCUUCAAGGGGAGGAGUCAGAGGCGCAGCUUCAAGGGGAGGAGUCAGAGGCGCAGCUUCAAGGGGAGGAGUCAGAGGCGCAGCUUCAAGGGGAGGAGUCAGAGGCGCAGCUUCAAGGGGAGGAGUCAGAGGCGCAGCUUCAAGGGGAGGAGUCAGAGGCGCAGCUUCAAGGGGAGGAGUCAGAGGCGCAGCUUCAAGGGGAGGAGUCAGAGGCGCAGCUUCAAGGGGAGGAGUCAGAGGCGCAGCUUCAAGGGGAGGAGUCAGAGGCGCAGCUUCAAGGGGAGGAGUCAGAGGCGCAGCUUCAAGGGGAGGAGUCAGAGGCGCAGCUUCAAGGGGAGGAGUCAGAGGCGCAGCUUCAAGGGGAGGAGUCAGAGGCGCAGCUUCAAGGGGAGGAGUCAGAGGCGCAGCUUCAAGGGGAGGAGUCAGAGGCGCAGCUUCAAGGGGAGGAGUCAGAGGCGCAGCUUCAAGGGGAGGAGUCAGAGGCGCAGCUUCAAGGGGAGGAGUCAGAGGCGCAGCUUCAAGGGGAGGAGUCAGAGGCGCAGCUUCAAGGGGAGGAGUCAGAGGCGCAGCUUCAAGGGGAGGAGUCAGAGGCGCAGCUUCAAGGGGAGGAGUCAGAGGCGCAGCUUCAAGGGGAGGAGUCAGAGGCGCAGCUUCAAGGGGAGGAGUCAGAGGCGCAGCUUCAAGGGGAGGAGUCAGAGGCGCAGCUUCAAGGGGAGGAGUCAGAGGCGCAGCUUCAAGGGGAGGAGUCAGAGGCGCAGCUUCAAGGGGAGGAGUCAGAGGCGCAGCUUCAAGGGGAGGAGUCAGAGGCGCAGCUUCAAGGGGAGGAGUCAGAGGCGCAGCUUCAAGGGGAGGAGUCAGAGGCGCAGCUUCAAGGGGAGGAGUCAGAGGCGCAGCUUCAAGGGGAGGAGUCAGAGGCGCAGCUUCAAGGGGAGGAGUCAGAGGCGCAGCUUCAAGGGGAGGAGUCAGAGGCGCAGCUUCAAGGGGAGGAGUCAGAGGCGCAGCUUCAAGGGGAGGAGUCAGAGGCGCAGCUUCAAGGGGAGGAGUCAGAGGCGCAGCUUCAAGGGGAGGAGUCAGAGGCGCAGCUUCAAGGGGAGGAGUCAGAGGCGCAGCUUCAAGGGGAGGAGUCAGAGGCGCAGCUUCAAGGGGAGGAGUCAGAGGCGCAGCUUCAAGGGGAGGAGUCAGAGGCGCAGCUUCAAGGGGAGGAGUCAGAGGCGCAGCUUCAAGGGGAGGAGUCAGAGGCGCAGCUUCAAGGGGAGGAGUCAGAGGCGCAGCUUCAAGGGGAGGAGUCAGAGGCGCAGCUUCAAGGGGAGGAGUCAGAGGCGCAGCUUCAAGGGGAGGAGUCAGAGGCGCAGCUUCAAGGGGAGGAGUCAGAGGCGCAGCUUCAAGGGGAGGAGUCAGAGGCGCAGCUUCAAGGGGAGGAGUCAGAGGCGCAGCUUCAAGGGGAGGAGUCAGAGGCGCAGCUUCAAGGGGAGGAGUCAGAGGCGCAGCUUCAAGGGGAGGAGUCAGAGGCGCAGCUUCAAGGGGAGGAGUCAGAGGCGCAGCUUCAAGGGGAGGAGUCAGAGGCGCAGCUUCAAGGGGAGGAGUCAGAGGCGCAGCUUCAAGGGGAGGAGUCAGAGGCGCAGCUUCAAGGGGAGGAGUCAGAGGCGCAGCUUCAAGGGGAGGAGUCAGAGGCGCAGCUUCAAGGGGAGGAGUCAGAGGCGCAGCUUCAAGGGGAGGAGUCAGAGGCGCAGCUUCAAGGGGAGGAGUCAGAGGCGCAGCUUCAAGGGGAGGAGUCAGAGGCGCAGCUUCAAGGGGAGGAGUCAGAGGCGCAGCUUCAAGGGGAGGAGUCAGAGGCGCAGCUUCAAGGGGAGGAGUCAGAGGCGCAGCUUCAAGGGGAGGAGUCAGAGGCGCAGCUUCAAGGGGAGGAGUCAGAGGCGCAGCUUCAAGGGGAGGAGUCAGAGGCGCAGCUUCAAGGGGAGGAGUCAGAGGCGCAGCUUCAAGGGGAGGAGUCAGAGGCGCAGCUUCAAGGGGAGGAGUCAGAGGCGCAGCUUCAAGGGGAGGAGUCAGAGGCGCAGCUUCAAGGGGAGGAGUCAGAGGCGCAGCUUCAAGGGGAGGAGUCAGAGGCGCAGCUUCAAGGGGAGGAGUCAGAGGCGCAGCUUCAAGGGGAGGAGUCAGAGGCGCAGCUUCAAGGGGAGGAGUCAGAGGCGCAGCUUCAAGGGGAGGAGUCAGAGGCGCAGCUUCAAGGGGAGGAGUCAGAGGCGCAGCUUCAAGGGGAGGAGUCAGAGGCGCAGCUUCAAGGGGAGGAGUCAGAGGCGCAGCUUCAAGGGGAGGAGUCAGAGGCGCAGCUUCAAGGGGAGGAGUCAGAGGCGCAGCUUCAAGGGGAGGAGUCAGAGGCGCAGCUUCAAGGGGAGGAGUCAGAGGCGCAGCUUCAAGGGGAGGAGUCAGAGGCGCAGCUUCAAGGGGAGGAGUCAGAGGCGCAGCUUCAAGGGGAGGAGUCAGAGGCGCAGCUUCAAGGGGAGGAGUCAGAGGCGCAGCUUCAAGGGGAGGAGUCAGAGGCGCAGCUUCAAGGGGAGGAGUCAGAGGCGCAGCUUCAAGGGGAGGAGUCAGAGGCGCAGCUUCAAGGGGAGGAGUCAGAGGCGCAGCUUCAAGGGGAGGAGUCAGAGGCGCAGCUUCAAGGGGAGGAGUCAGAGGCGCAGCUUCAAGGGGAGGAGUCAGAGGCGCAGCUUCAAGGGGAGGAGUCAGAGGCGCAGCUUCAAGGGGAGGAGUCAGAGGCGCAGCUUCAAGGGGAGGAGUCAGAGGCGCAGCUUCAAGGGGAGGAGUCAGAGGCGCAGCUUCAAGGGGAGGAGUCAGAGGCGCAGCUUCAAGGGGAGGAGUCAGAGGCGCAGCUUCAAGGGGAGGAGUCAGAGGCGCAGCUUCAAGGGGAGGAGUCAGAGGCGCAGCUUCAAGGGGAGGAGUCAGAGGCGCAGCUUCAAGGGGAGGAGUCAGAGGCGCAGCUUCAAGGGGAGGAGUCAGAGGCGCAGCUUCAAGGGGAGGAGUCAGAGGCGCAGCUUCAAGGGGAGGAGUCAGAGGCGCAGCUUCAAGGGGAGGAGUCAGAGGCGCAGCUUCAAGGGGAGGAGUCAGAGGCGCAGCUUCAAGGGGAGGAGUCAGAGGCGCAGCUUCAAGGGGAGGAGUCAGAGGCGCAGCUUCAAGGGGAGGAGUCAGAGGCGCAGCUUCAAGGGGAGGAGUCAGAGGCGCAGCUUCAAGGGGAGGAGUCAGAGGCGCAGCUUCAAGGGGAGGAGUCAGAGGCGCAGCUUCAAGGGGAGGAGUCAGAGGCGCAGCUUCAAGGGGAGGAGUCAGAGGCGCAGCUUCAAGGGGAGGAGUCAGAGGCGCAGCUUCAAGGGGAGGAGUCAGAGGCGCAGCUUCAAGGGGAGGAGUCAGAGGCGCAGCUUCAAGGGGAGGAGUCAGAGGCGCAGCUUCAAGGGGAGGAGUCAGAGGCGCAGCUUCAAGGGGAGGAGUCAGAGGCGCAGCUUCAAGGGGAGGAGUCAGAGGCGCAGCUUCAAGGGGAGGAGUCAGAGGCGCAGCUUCAAGGGGAGGAGUCAGAGGCGCAGCUUCAAGGGGAGGAGUCAGAGGCGCAGCUUCAAGGGGAGGAGUCAGAGGCGCAGCUUCAAGGGGAGGAGUCAGAGGCGCAGCUUCAAGGGGAGGAGUCAGAGGCGCAGCUUCAAGGGGAGGAGUCAGAGGCGCAGCUUCAAGGGGAGGAGUCAGAGGCGCAGCUUCAAGGGGAGGAGUCAGAGGCGCAGCUUCAAGGGGAGGAGUCAGAGGCGCAGCUUCAAGGGGAGGAGUCAGAGGCGCAGCUUCAAGGGGAGGAGUCAGAGGCGCAGCUUCAAGGGGAGGAGUCAGAGGCGCAGCUUCAAGGGGAGGAGUCAGAGGCGCAGCUUCAAGGGGAGGAGUCAGAGGCGCAGCUUCAAGGGGAGGAGUCAGAGGCGCAGCUUCAAGGGGAGGAGUCAGAGGCGCAGCUUCAAGGGGAGGAGUCAGAGGCGCAGCUUCAAGGGGAGGAGUCAGAGGCGCAGCUUCAAGGGGAGGAGUCAGAGGCGCAGCUUCAAGGGGAGGAGUCAGAGGCGCAGCUUCAAGGGGAGGAGUCAGAGGCGCAGCUUCAAGGGGAGGAGUCAGAGGCGCAGCUUCAAGGGGAGGAGUCAGAGGCGCAGCUUCAAGGGGAGGAGUCAGAGGCGCAGCUUCAAGGGGAGGAGUCAGAGGCGCAGCUUCAAGGGGAGGAGUCAGAGGCGCAGCUUCAAGGGGAGGAGUCAGAGGCGCAGCUUCAAGGGGAGGAGUCAGAGGCGCAGCUUCAAGGGGAGGAGUCAGAGGCGCAGCUUCAAGGGGAGGAGUCAGAGGCGCAGCUUCAAGGGGAGGAGUCAGAGGCGCAGCUUCAAGGGGAGGAGUCAGAGGCGCAGCUUCAAGGGGAGGAGUCAGAGGCGCAGCUUCAAGGGGAGGAGUCAGAGGCGCAGCUUCAAGGGGAGGAGUCAGAGGCGCAGCUUCAAGGGGAGGAGUCAGAGGCGCAGCUUCAAGGGGAGGAGUCAGAGGCGCAGCUUCAAGGGGAGGAGUCAGAGGCGCAGCUUCAAGGGGAGGAGUCAGAGGCGCAGCUUCAAGGGGAGGAGUCAGAGGCGCAGCUUCAAGGGGAGGAGUCAGAGGCGCGCGCUUCAGGGGAGGAGUCAGAGGCGCAGCUUCAAGGGGAGGAGUCAGAGGCGCAGCUUCAAGGGGAGGAGUCAGAGGCGCAGCUUCAGGGGAGUUGGCACGGUUGGGGGAGGGAGCGGGGAAGGGGGAACUAA